AUGGCAAAUGCUCUUCUUGAUUAUCUGACAAAUCCAGGAAAUCCAUACUUCCUGCAUUCAGGUGAAAAUCCUGCAUUGGUUCUUGUAUCGAAUCUUCUUGAUGGAAAGAAUUACUACUCAUGGUCCCGUGCAAUGAAAAUGGCACUUCGCUCAAAGAAUAAACUGUGUUUUAUCGAUGGCACAAUACCAGUCCUUAUUAGUUUCCACGGAUGCGAUGUACGAUCCUUGGCAAAGAUGCAAUAUGAUGAAAAUGCAAUAGAUGCAUGGAAUGAUCUUUAUCAAAGAUUCUCACAGGCAGAUGCUUUUAGAAUUGCAGAUCUUCAGGAGGAGAUUUAUCGUAUCCAACAAGGUGAACGUUCUGUUUCUGAUUUUUACACUCAAAUUAAAGCACUCUGGGAUGAAUUUGAAACCUUGCAACCUCUCCCAACCUAUACGUGUGUUGUGCCAUGUGGAUGUGGCCUAUCAAAUCGAGUAAGAGAAGGAAGAGAAAAGGAUCGAGCUAUCAGAUUUCUUAGAGGACUCAACGAACAGUUCAUGAACGUGAGAUCUCAAAUCAUGCUUAUGCGUCCACUUCCAUCUGUGAAUGAAAUCUUUUCUUUAGUUAGUCAACAAGAAAGACAGCAAAAUUCUGAAUCUCAUUCAGAAUUAAAUCAAGAAUACAAAGUUCUAACUAAUGCUGCAGUUCAAAAAAAUUUCAUGACUGGUGUUGGAACCAGUAACUCUAGAAAUUACAUGACUGGUGAUGAAUCCAGUAAUUCAUUUGUGCCUCGUGGUGGCAAUUUCUUUCGAGGCCGUGGACGUGCCAAUGUUAAUGGUAGAGGUCGUGGAAACAGGUUGUGUACAUUCUGUGGAAGAACAAAUCACACUGUGGAAACCUGUUUUGAAAAACAUGGUUAUCCACCAGGUUUUAAACAAAGAAGCCAAAUUAGAACUGCUAACAUGAUAAUGCAGGAAGCAGCAGAUGAUGGAGACACCAAAGAAUUGAAGAAUAACUCUGAAGUGUUUUCUCAAAUGCAGUAUCAAAGAAUUCUGGAUAUGAUUCAAUCCUCGACGAGUGUUCCUAAUGACACACAUGCCUCCAAUCUAGUCCAUGCUGAUCACACUUCUUCUGCAAAUGCAACUCUUACUCAUGCUGUAGCCAUCCAACCCACAACCUUUAAUCCUACAAAUUUCAAUAUCAUUCCAUCAGGUAACACCAACACUAGGUGGGUUAUAGAUACCGGAGCAACGGAUCAUAUAACUCACCUUUCCUCCCUUUUUAGUACCCUUACUCCAAUUAAACCCAUUUCAAUUACACUACCCAAUGGUUCCAAGGUUUUUGCGAAAUCUACUGGUACCAUCCACUUGACAGAAGACCUUAUCCUUCAUAAUGUGCUUUUUGUUCCUGAUUUUCAUAUGAAUACCAGGAAGAUGAUUGGUAUAGCUAAAGAGGAAGAGGGAUUAUUCAUCAUUGAAGCCCCUACCCAUACCAACAAAGCUGCUCUCAAUUUCAAUUCUUCAAAUAAAGAAUCUGUCCUAUGGCAUCUUCGAUUAGGACACAUCCCUGAAACUACUUUGAAGUAUAUGUCAUGUCAAUUUCCUUUCAUUCCAAAUAAAGCUGUUAUUCCUUGUGAAGUCUGUCAUUAUGCAAAACAGAAAAAGUUACCUUUUAGUUCCAGUGUAACAAAAUCUUCACAUGCUUUUGAACUCAUACAUGUAGAUAUAUGGGGACCAUACAAGAUCCCCAGCAUCCAAGGAUAUCGUUACUUUCUUACUAUAGUAGACGACUAUUCUCGUUUUGGAUUAUUUUCAUGCGAAAUAAACAUGAGACUCGAAGCCAUUUGCAGAGUUUUAUCAGUUUAA